UCAGUGUCAGUGUAGCUACCAUACCAAUACUAUAGCCAGCAACGUGCUCCCCUAGCUAGCACGCAUAAAGCCAUGAACAAUCAGUACGCCUUUGGCAAUGGAAGACAGAAUCAGCAAAAUGGAGCUCCACCCUUGAAUUUGCCCCAUGGUGAUCCCAGAGGAGGUGUGCCUCCUCCUUUUGGUUUUGCCAAUGGUAUGCCUUGGCUGCCUCCUGGGCCUUUUGUAGGAGGAUUCUUCCCUUUCCCUGUUCCGGUUCCAGUUCCGGUUCCAGUUCCAUUUCCAUUUCUAUCUACCGGUAUGCCAAAUGGUGGAUUGAUUGGGCCCCAGUUCCGCCAACAACAGCAGCAGAUGGGUCAACUGAACCCUCAGCAACUCCUACGUCUACGAAAUCAACAGCAACAACGCCACUUGACUCAGCAGCAACAACAGCAACAACAACAACAACCACCGCCAAUCCCUUCAUCUGCUCUACUCUGCAAGGAGUGUGAUCAUCCUGUUGAGAUGGAAAAUGGUGAGCCAAAGAAAGGGAUGUAUCUCUGUAAGACACACAGAGAAAAGCUUGAAACCCUUUGGAGACGAAAUGUUGAGAACAAUCGGAUCUUGGCUCCGCUCAAUGUUUUUUGCGUAAAAAAGGUGCUAUUAGAUCGAAAGGCUCGAAAGUCUCUUGGCGCCAAAUUGGAUCAAGUGGCAUAUGAAAAGGCGACAGCAAACAACUCUGACUCCAUUACACCCGUUUCCGACAUGAUCGAACAAAAGAAGAGAUUCUGUGCACAGAACGUUGCUUUAGACCAUCCAAUCAGCUCCAUCCAGUUCCAUGACAAUGAUGUGCUGCAGAAAAUGAUACCUGGGGAGCCAGAUCUGGAAUUUUCCGUUUUGGGCAACACAGAAUUCGCACUUGCCGCCAGCAAGAGCAAAGACUACAACAAUCAUUUCCGCAAGAUUGCUGAGAGCAGUCGCGCAAUCUGCAUGGACCACGAGGGGAUGGUACGGAUUGCAGAGGCUUCCAAUGUGGACUUUCGGGAGAAAAUUGACGGCAACAAGCAACCGGGUCUCUUGGCAGGGUCGGAAGCCCACCACAAUGUGGCUGCAAGCCAAGAAAUCCAAUUUACGAAAAAGCACAGAGAUUCGAUUGGUGGCAUGGUGACAAUCUACGCAGUCAGAGGUGAAAGCUGGAAUUUUGUCAUUGUGCCUCCGGGCCUGCCAGCCUACAAGGACCGAGUCGACUUUGCCAAGGACCUUGGGGACUAUGAGGAGUACGUGAAAUGGAAAGAAAGCCUUGGGGAUGCCGAAUCCUCCAAGGAGCGGAAGUUGGUGGAGGAGUAUGAGGCGGACCUCAAGAGCAUGGACAAGAAUAAUUGGUACCAAGAGGGCCAUCAUCGGAUUGUUGUCUACAAGCUAAAAGAAGGGCAGCGCCUCAUCUUUGAUGCCAAGGGACUCACCUACGGAGUCAUUGUUCCAGGAGGACAAGCCUGCUCCGUACUCAUUUUCCACGACCUCCUGCCCAGGAAGAUUCUUUGCAGUCCGCCUGAGGAGGACCCGUACAUAAUCGUCGAGAAGGGUGGUGCCAAGGCGAUGACUUUUGCUGAGAGCAAGAGUUCAAUCUCAGGUGGCAGCACUUCUGGGGGACCUGCCACGAAGGGAGUCCAUGGACCAGCAGAGCCCAAGUUGGCCAACACUUCAUCUCCAGCCGCAGCAGGCCCAAAGAAAGGACCUGUCAAGGAGCAAGACGGUGGGCCAGUAGAGCCCAAUUCGGCGAAUUCCAAGUCGGUCGGCACUUCUGCUGCUGGCAAGAAGGGAGACGGUGGACCAGCAAAGUCCAAGUCGGUCAAGUCCAACUCUGACAGCACUUUGGCUGCUGGUAAGAGGGGAGCUACCAGUACUGCUGGGAUCCAGCGCAAUCCGCUCUGGCGCAAUCGCAAGCGCAGAAAAUAAAUGCCGCAAGGCAUUUGGGUGAGUAUGUCGGGGGGGGUGGGUUGUUUGCAUUAGUGUCAAUAGUAGUCUUUUAGUUUUAGCUUUUGUGUUGUUACCUGAGUAU